ACCGGAAGUGCUGUGCUAGCUCCUGCUAACAGAGCUGGGCACAAAACAGCCGCUUCCGCACUGCUUCCUUGUUUAUUAGUUUCAGGGAAAAGUGUUUUAUCCAAGAUAGAAUCAAAACUUGUCUUUUCUCUCACAGACAGACGGAGAGAAGUCCCUGGCAGGUUUCCCGGCUCGGCAGGUCAACGUGGCUGGAAUCAAUAUUUGUGGCGUGAAGUCAUCGGGAGUGGUUUGAGGUGACGGGCUUUAAACUUUGUCUUUCGCAGACCUCCUCCACCCAAACCCCCCGAAGUCCUCUCUCUCUACCGAGGAGCGACUGGAGAUCUGAGCUUCACCUGAAACCAGCGUUGAGUCCAGUGACAGCUCUGAAUGGCCACAGCUGCAGAGGAGCCUCCAGGGCUGCAGGGCCACACUGGCAGCGACCGAGUAAAGAAUCUGAAGACUACCUCCAGCACCGACACAGAUUCGACGGGGCCUCGUAAAAAUGUGAAUCCAGAGGGUCCGAGCACGAGCAUGACUCAGGCCCAAAAAAAAACAAUCGGCCAUCGUGGAAUUGAUCCCACUGGAGAGACCACGUACAAGAAGACGACCUCAUCGGCCCUGAAAGGUGCUAUCCAGUUAGGCAUCACGCACACGGUGGGCAGCUUGAGCCAAAAACCUGAGAGAGACGUCCUGCUGCAGGAUUUUGAGGUGGUGGAAAGCAUCUUCUUCCCUGGUGAGGGCAGUAACCUAACCCCAGCGCACCACUAUGGAGACUUCAGGUUCAAAACAUACGCCCCUAUCGCUUUCCGCUACUUCAGGGAGUUGUUUGGCAUCCGGCCUGAUGACUACAUGUAUUCUCUGUGUAACGACCCACUGAUUGAGCUGUCGAACUCUGGAGCCAGUGGAUCUCUGUUUUACGUCUCCAGUGAUGAUGAAUACAUCAUUAAGACAGUGCAGCACAAAGAGGCUGAGUUCUUGCAGAAACUGCUCCCAGGAUACUUUAUGAACCUGAACCAGAACAAGCGCACCUUAUUACCAAAGUUCUAUGGACUCUACUGUGUCCAGGCAGCAGGUAAAAACAUCCGUAUUGCAGUCAUGAACAAUUUACUCCCGAGUGCAGUGAAAAUGCACCUCAAGUUCGAUCUGAAGGGCUCCACCCAUAAGCGACGGGCUUCAGCUAAAGAGAAGGGCAAGGCUGUGCCCACAUACAAGGACCUGGACUUCAUACAGGACAUGCCUGACGCGCUGUUACUGGAGGCAGACAAAUACAAUGCUGUUUGCAGGACCAUUCAGAGAGACUGUCUGCUCAUGCAGAGUUUCAAAAUAAUGGACUACAGCCUCCUGGUGGGAGUCCACAAUGUAGAUCUGGCCUGUCGAGAGCAGCUGAGUGAAGAAGCCGGGGCAGCGGCCAUGGAUCAGCGGAGGCCACAAGGCCAAAAGUCCCUGUACAGCACUGCUAUAGAGGCCAUCCAGGCCGAGUCAGGGAGCAUGGGAUCCCAGGACACUGAGGACCAAACUGGAGGAAUACCAGCACGGAACUUGAAAGGCGAGAGGUUGCUGGUGUACAUUGGUAUCAUUGACAUUCUGCAGUCCUACAGAUUCGCAAAGAUGCUGGAGCACUCAUGGAAAGCUCUGGUUCACGAUGGGGAUACUGUGUCAGUGCACAGACCAAGCUUCUAUGCAGAGCGAUUUCAGAAGUUCAUGUGCAGCACAGUCUUCAGGAAGAUCCCAUUGAAGUCCUCCCCAUCUAAGAAGCGGCGUGCAAUGACCCAUGUUCCUAUGAGAAAACCAGCGGGCUCUGGGCCUUUUCUCACGUCACAAACCAGCAGCAGCAGCAGCCAGCCAGCUUUCUUCCAACGUCAAGGCAGCUCUGACACCAGAGAUGAAACCGAUGGAGACAAUUUAAUGGCGUCAGGUCGUCCUGACCUCCUCCCUAAGGCCUCCCCACCCAGCAAUGCUGCUAGCAACGCUGCCGAUACCACAUUCUCCUCGGGCUCCUCCUCCUUGGAAAACCCUGGUUUCACUCCCACAACCACUCCUGUGACUCCCUCCCAAGACACAUGCAGGUCAGUCGGAGUGGAUUUAAACAGCAUGUUGAGUAAAGCUAUGGAACGCAGCACCCCCAAGAGAGCUCCGUCUUCGUCUCUUGAAGAAAGUGCUGGUACUGAGGGUGAUAUCGCUCUCAGUGACAUUACUCCUAACACAAGCAAAUGUUCUGUAUAAAUGCGGGGAGAUUGAAAUAAAUCCUGAACAAGCUUGCAGGAUGUUAUGAACAUGGAUGAAAUGUUACAACGCCCCUGUGUGGGAUUUGAGGUACCUAAACUGGAAAAGGGGGGAACAAAUGGGAUAUUUUUGUUAAUACUUUUGCACUUUUCCAAAUCUCAACAUGGGAGGAGCAUGUUAGUAUCUGGUCAUGUUCUGACACUAAUAAUUGUUGGUAUAUUAAUGCUCUGGUUAUUGAAUGCUAUUAUUCAUCUAAUGAAAUGAGAAAUGCCUCAACCAAAGAUGGUUCAUGGCACAGAUAUGCUCAACUAAGCAAGUGUACGGUGUAGAGUUUAACUCGAGGGCUUAUUUAAGAACAUGACUUCCUUAUUUAAUCCCAGUUAUUUCAAAAUUCAUUAUCUAGUUUUGGGAAUUGAUUCCUCAUUUGUACUUACCACAUUGUUGCACAUCCUCAUGCAUACCUGACUCUUUAUGAGAAUAAAGACCAGACUGCUGUUCCUACCAUAUGUUUGAUCCAGGGACUUUAACACAAAACUAUAUUAUCUGGAUCGGGAACACAAUUUUGAAUAAAGGGUUUAUUUUUUUAAGCUAAUGCUGUUUUCAUACAUAUUAAUGUGCGGUUUCUUAAGUGUACUCUUAAUGCAAAUUGUGCUGGAAAAGAUCUGUGAUCCUCAACCUGCAGUUUUUAACCGACCUGUUCUUCUGUCGAGACUGUGAUUCUUAAAUUUCAUCUCUCUUGUUCUGAUCAAACUGUUAUUUUUACUUUAAAGGAUAUUUUUUAAAUACUUCUACACGGUACGAUCUGAUUUCAGUCUCAGGUUAAGUGUGCAGACGGUUUAUGACCAAAUGUGACCAACAAACUGAUUCUCGGACGACUGUGGACAAAGUAGCACAAUAAACAAAGACCUUGUGUCUGUCUCGUGAAUUACCAAGUUAGUCAGCUAGGAGCGAACUCCGUCUUCUCAUUUAGUGGUUAGCCAUAGUAACUAAGGCCUCUGACCAACCCUGGAAAGAGCAGUUAGUAAUAAUGAGACCGACAACCUCACUAAUCAAGUGCCAAAGACAACAUGACGACUUUAUUACAAAUUCGCGUACAAUCACUUUGUUUUAUUUUCAUUAUUAUGAUACCGGCAAUGUAUGUAUUAAUAGGAAGUGUUUACAGUAGAACAGCGCCCCACCCUGGCUAACAAAUUGUACCAGCAGGGCCUAGCUAGGUAGGGACAGUGCUUAAUAUUCAUCUAACAAACUAACAACUCAGGUGCAUAUAACAGAGAGACACUGUCAUUGAUGCACGAUACCGGGCAUUAAGACAAACCAGCAGCAGUUUCAGAUCUGCAGAUAAGGAGGACAUGCUGAUGUGCAGGGAAAUAAAUAGCUUGAGCAUUUCAGAGACAGCUGCCACCUUUAAGCCAGUGAGUUCUGUAGCUACUGUAGUUUUUAAUGUCACAACAUAUAUUCCAGGACAACGUAGAAAGAUUUACACAAGUGUCCGUGUCAGUUCUCAGUUGUACGAGUUAGCAAGUGUCGUCUUAAUCUGAGUUUAUAUGUCCAUAACAACAAGGGUGGUAAGAGAUAUAACUGUACUUCCUGAUAUUAGAUCUAUACAUUUGGGUGGCACUGCAGGUUUUUUAUUGUUUUUUUCACUAUUUACUGUCGCCGGCUGCUAAAAGUAGAAAACAAAACUAUGCAUUAAGUAUAAUUAUCAUGGAUUAUACACAUGUUACAUUCCACUCACGGUUGCAGAUAGCCUAGAGUUGAAAGCCUAUAAAUUUCCACACUGAUUUAUUAAGUAUCGCCUUUAUUGUUUGACUGUGAUUCAUACCUGUUCCUCCUUUUUGUAUUCAAGUGGUGUGUUUAGUACUUCCUUAAACAGUACUCAGUUUAUUUUUAUUACAGUGUUUAUAGAAAAUGUCUUGUUGAAUUUCCCACACAGUAACAGAGAUUUUCAGCGCGUCUCUUAUUAAAUUCCCUGUUGUUUAUUUGGUGAUGCUGCAUGUGAUUGGCUUGUAAUUUAAAAACCUGUGUCAUGUGCACAAGCUCACAGUUGGACCGGUGAACGCAGCCGGUUGUGUGAGCGUUGUGAGAUGGGUCUUCUUAAAUCACAAAUGUGUUGUGACAACUUUUUUUUCACUUGACAUAUGUGGUGAUGGCUGCAUGACGGUUAAAAGGAAACUGUUUGUCUGCUUUUUUGUAAACUAAAACUGAUGGAAUUACUGUUGGUGAUCUAAAAACUGUUUUGUGCAGUGUUUUAACAUGAUCUGAUGGUUUGGUAACUUUAACCAUACUGUGUGUGUUUAUGUGAAUGAAUAUACUGUGCAAUACUCUACGUGAAUUGACAAUUUUCCAAUCGAGAUGUGAUAAAUAAACAUAAUUUGGGCAUUAUCAGUCAACCUUUAAAUUGUACGUAUGAGUUGUUCUUCCCCUCUGGCUGACACAUGAAACAGUCUCAAAACAUCGAAAGUUAAACUGUGCCUUAUGACUAAACAUGCAGCCCAUGAACCAAAUAUGUUCAUAUUUAUCAUAGUAUUUAUUACUACAUGUAUUUCUCUGGGUUCGAAAAUGUGUAUUAAUGGUGGCGAUGAAUUGAAAAUGCACCUUUUCUUAAGCACAACAACCCUGUGACCGAGGCAUUAAAUGUAAACACUUUGUGAUGAUCAUGGUUGUUAUCUUAACAAUUAGGGAAUCUUCCUGCAUCAGCAAUAAAUGUGUGCAUGUCUGUAAACGGGGACCAGACCAGUGCCUUUUUCACAGAAUAUGAAAUUACACAUUUCCUUGCUCUUUUGGUGGUUGUCAUGUUUUUGUACAGUUAUAUAUGAAGUUAUUAAAGAAAAAGGAAACACA